UUAUUAUGACCAAAAAUAUAUUUGGUUUGACGGUGAAAACAGCACCAACAGAAACGGCUUUGAAAAUUUUGAGACGCUGUCGCUGUCGCACCAUUAAACAAAAAAUCUGGAUUUGUGGUGAGAAAAAAAAAACAAUUAUUUCAAGCUGCGCUCAUCGUUUGGGAUCGUGGAAUAAACAAACUGAUAAACAAAAGGAGCAAUUUUCUUUUUGUUUUUUCUUUAAAAAAGAAAAGGAUUUGGAGAAUGGCAUUGGCGUGGUCGAACAUGAACAUAGGUCUCGGUUCAUACAAGAAGACGAUGUCGUUUGAGGUAUCGUGCAGUAGAAAGAGAGACAGAGACAGAGAACGAGGUAGUAAUAACAUCCACCCAUACAAAGUGGUUGAGAUUACUCCUCCACCCAAAUCUCUUGGCGUUCGUUGCCUUCCCCCCCCUCUUGAUUCAAUAAUGCAUACCAGUGAUCCAACACAUCUUUAUUUUUGUUGGAAGCAGAACUUGCAGUGUGGGGAGAGUGUCACAAUUGAAGGACAAGCUUAUACUAUUUCAGCUGUAACACUUCGAUAUCAGCUUCGCAAAGGGAAAUACGAACAACGUGAGAAGAGACUCGAUGUUUUGUCCACAGGAAGAUACUUAGUGAAUUUGUAUUUAGAAAAUUUAUUAGAACAAUCUUGAUGAGUAUUCUAGUUUGAUCUCCAAUAUGUAAUUCCUUGAUUAUGUCUUUCUUCUUUAAUUACUUUCAGAACCAAUGGCAAAUUAGAAAAGCUUUCAUGUCAAUUAAUAUAUUUUCAAAAAGAUAAAAUUGGCUAGCA